AUGGAAGGUCGAAGUGAGGUAGGACGGCGGCAGCGCCAGGUUAGCGGUAGCACGAGAAAUGUCGUGGUCGGGUGCGCAAUAUCAGGUUUAUGGAAGGGCGAGGAAGGCUUGGUGUUGGCGUACCAGGGUAGUGAAAGGUUGCAGGAUGUUGCCCUGGGAGCAUGGGUGCUGUCGAAGUAUAAGUUGAGGGUCCGAGCAACUGCGCAAAGGCGACAAGGCGCAGGGAGUCGAAGUGGGAAUCAGGGGGCUGUAGUCUUGGUUGGAUAUGUGGGGCAAUGGAAGGAACAGCAGGAUAAUAAAAGGUGGGAAGGGGCCCUGGUUGGUACAACCGAGGGUGAAGAGGAGGCUGUCAUCAUGGAUGACGACGAGGAAAAAGAAAAUAGAAUAGAAGUAUUUGACUUACGUAACUGCCAACGCAGCGUCCAUCCCAGGGCUAAAGAGGCCGGGUGUUCGGACUUUUUUCUGCUCUCUACACUCGAACUGGUGGCAGAAGGGGCUGUGCCGAUCAGGCUGACACAGCCAUUUCCUAAUGAGAGGAAUAUUUCAAUCCCAUACUGGUAUUACCAUAUCAUUGCGGUGGCGGCCCACAGUACUAUUUCAGCGGAGAUUCUCCAGCAAAAUGAGGCGAGUACCCAAACAGGACGGUAUUUCAAUCCCAAAGCGGCUUAA